AUGUGUCAUAGUGGGGGAGAGCAAGGGCAGUUGCCAAGGCAAGUUCAAGUUAACUCGAAAGACAAGUCUUAUCACAGCAAAAAACAAGACAAUGACACUGAGGCUACUUCUGGCUCUGAUUCUACAAAGUCCUCGACCUCUAACGACGACAAUUCUGACAAUUCUACAAGCUCAUCGGAGGAUUCGCUUGAAGGUGUACCAGAAAUCGAUCUAACGAAGAUCUUUGGCACUGAGCGCCCUCAUAUCAUUGGAGAUGAAGAAUCAUCCUUCCUGGAUGAUGGUACACUCUUCGACCUCGACGACCAGGAUGUUGAAAUGGCAUCACGCCAUUCUCAACCUUCUUCUGCUGCAGGUGACUUACCUCCUCCAUUGACUGACUCUGAUGGACUCUCUGGGGCUGAUAAGCUAGCUGAAGAUGAAGAUGAUGAGUUAUAUCACCUCAAGCUGAUGAUGGACAAGCAAAAGAAAAAGAGCCAAGGGAAAGGAAAUGCGAAGAAGAGCAGGCGACAGGCCAGGGAGGAGGACGGUGAAGAUGCAGAGGCUUCUGAAGUCCCGGAUAUCGAAGUAAAGGCGAAGCCCACUAAGAAAAAGUCAGCUUCCACAGCCUUCGACAUUGUGCCACCGCCACCUGGGGUGAAGGAUGUUCGACUCAAUGACCAGCAUGACACUGUGCAGGCAAUCAUUUGGGCUGAGAUUGCUCAAGCGACGAAGGACGUCUUCCUGCGGGACUCGUGGGUUAAAGCUAAUGAGCGAAUGACUUAUCGCACGAACCUCAUCAAGGACGCUUGCGACAAGGUGAAGAAGCAGUACCCUGGUGCUAAAGAGGUCCGAAAACAUGUGAAGGAUGACGAGAAAUAUGCCAAAGAGCUCAGCAAGCUGGUAAGUCGGUCAUACUCUUUGACUUCCAUACUCACCGAUACAAUGUCAGAUGCUCAAUCGCCUUUCGAACGUUCAUUCUCUCUAGUCAAGGUAGCAGGUGCUCAUCAACUCCCCGUCUUCAAACUUGGAAAGGAUCCGGAAUGUCUCGCACACGUCAAAUCCCUUACCAAGGAACGUCUCUACAUUUUCCCUGGCACAUGGGGUGGAGAAGAUAACAACAUAAGGACCUGCUCCCCUUUGAAACACUCGAUGGCAAUGUCUAACACCAUGUGUUUAGACAUGGGUUCCAAAGGCAGACAGCGCAUAUCGAACGAGGCCAUCUCUGAUGGUCUGAAGGAGAGUUUUUUUGCGAAUCCUCGGGCCAUUGGCUUUCAGUAUCUCUCUGAUUAUGUCUCCAGCCUCGAGGGCCACAUGGAGAAAGAGUUGCCCAUUUCCAUGAUUGCUCUCUACGCUACUGGUACUGGAGUUUACUGUCAAGCAAGUUUGAGGGAAAUGUCUUUCAAUUGGUCUAUCGCCAUCAUUGCGGCGUGCUGGAGCAGUGGAAGAAGAACAAACCUCAACGUGUCAAAGCUGUAUGACAGCGUCGUUUGGUUUUCCCUUAUGCUAGUGAUCCGUGCCAGAACCAAGGCUAGAUAUCAGCUCUUGGAGAAAGCUCUUCAAGUUGGCCCUGGCACGACGUUCAAAUUACGCACUUGGUUACCAUCAAAGAUCAUUCCCGUACACACACUUGUUCUAGCCUAUCUCGUCGUACUGACAUAUCUACAAGCGUAA